GAGCUGCGUCAGACCCUGAAAGAGCGCCAUGUAAACAUGAUCGGGUUCUCCACGGUGUUGGGCCUCGGGCUCUUCCUGUCCGCCGGAAAAGCGAUUUACAUGGCCGGACCUGGGGCUGCUGUCCUGGCGUAUCUUGUGGCGGGUACGAUAAUGUGGUCGGCGAUGGCCUGUCUGGGAGAGAUGACCGCGUUAUUUCCGGUCAAAGGCCCAAUCUUUGAGUUCCCCCGCCGCUUUAUUGAUGAGUCCGUUGGGCUGGCCAUUGGAUGGAUUACCUGGUUCUCCUGGGUAGUAACCCUUGCUGCCGAAAUAAUGUCCAUCACCGAAGUGUUCCGCUUCCAUUUCGACCCGGCAUAUCUCCAGACGUUCCAGUAUCCGUCCGAUCGCCUCGAAUGGCGCGCUGGGAUGGACACCAACCCCGCGGUGUGGGUAGGCAUCUUCCUCAUCGUGGUGCUCCUCGUGAAUCUACUCCCCGUAAGGCAGUACGGUCGGAUCGAAUAUGUCUUUGGUUGCAUAAAGAUCACCUUCCUGGUUGGGUUGAUCUUGUUCAACACCGUUCUAAACGCGCGACAUAAGUUCCACGCGGACCGGUUCUGGACGUACAAAGACCCUUACGGCUUCGCUAGAAAUGAUUUCUCAGUCAAGGACACCCACACAUAUACAGGCGCCCUCGGGGGACUCACGUCCUUCUGGACGACGCUGACCACGACGCUCUUCUCCCUGAUGGGAUGGGAAAUCAUCUUCUUCACAGCGGCGGAAAACCGAGACCUUCGGAAAACGGAGACCCUAAAGCUCGCAACCCGCAAGAUCACCAUCAGAGUACUGGUCCUUUAUGCGCUCUGUGCGUUCACCGUGGGUUUGAAUGUGCCCUGGGACGAUGCGCAUCUUGCCGACCUGACCAUCCAUGGAAUCUCCGGCGGCCAGAAUAGCGUCUUCAUUCUCGCCGCAGUGAGGGAGCGCGUCAAGGUGAUACCGCACCUCUUCAACGCGUUCUUCAUCUUCUCCCCGUUCAGCACCGCCAUCAACAACCUAUACGGAGCAUCGCGCAUCCUGCACGCCUUGGCAAGCCACCGCGACGCGUGGCCCGAGUGGGGUUUCUUCGAGGCCAUCCGGUCCCGGCUGGAGAGCACAAGGAUGGGUGUACCGAUGAACGCUGUCUUCGUGAGCUGGCUUGUCGGGUUCCUCGCAUUCCUCUCGACGAACGAGUCGCAAGCCGAAAAUCUGGGACGGAUGGCCACCGCGGCCGUCGCCGCGAAUCUCAUCAUCUUCGCCGUCAACUGCAUCGCGUAUCUGCAGUUCUACCGGCAGGUCAAUGCAGCGGCCACGGGCAAGUUGGACGAGGACCUCAACCUGACACCAGAGAUGCGGAACUUUUACAAGCGGGCCUCUCGUCAAUACCCGUAUCGCUCGCACCUCCAAUGGAUCCGGGCAGCUUACGCAUGCACGGGCUGCAUCCUUCUGGCGCUCUUCAACGGAUGGCGAACAUUCGUGUCUCCAUUCAGCGCCAAGGAUUUCGUCGCCUCGUACAUUGCUAUC